CAACUCUGUAAUGUUGUCCUUUAGUUCUCACUCUGUCUGUGCAGCAGCUCCUCUAAUCUCUUUUUCUCCUCUCAUCUCCUGAUGAUGAUUAUUAGGACACUUUCUCUAUUCAUUAUCCUCUCUGCUGUCUGCUGUUACGCAGAGGAGGCGAAGAGUAAAAGUAAAGUUUGCGCCAAUGUGUUCUGUGGAGCUGGGAGAGAAUGUGCUGUGACAGACAAAGGAGAACCAACCUGUCUGUGUAUCGAGCAAUGCAAACCCCAUAAGCGUCCAGUUUGUGGCAGUAAUGGGAAGACAUACCGUAAUCACUGUGAGCUGCAUCGUGAUGCCUGUCUCACCGGACUCAAAGUGCAGGUCGCCCAUGAUGGACAUUGUCAAGAGAAAAAAAUGGAUAAAAUCACCAACAGCCCAAUUGUUUGUUACCUUACGGACCGUAAUGAGUUGAGGAGGCAUGUGAUUGAAUGGCUGCAGUCUGAGGUGGAGCCUGACGGCUGGUUUUCUAAAGGAUCCAAUUUCUCAGAUGUCCUACUCAAAUACUUCCAGAACUAUGAUAAUGGAGACGCUCAGCUGGAUUCAACAGAAUUCCUGAAGUUCAUUCAGAAUAAUGAGACUGCAAUAAAUGUCACAUCUCCUUAUGCUGAGGAAGAGAACAACCGCCUACUCAGGAGUCUGUGUGUAGAUGCCCUCAUUGAGCUGACUGAUGAGAAUGCUGACUGGAAACUGAGCUUUGAUGAGUUCCUCAACUGCCUCAGGCCUGGAUUCAACCCUCCAGAGAGGAAGUGUGCAUUAGAGGACGAGACGUACGAGGAUGGUGCUGAGACUCAGAUGGAAUGUAACCGCUGUGUUUGUGCCUGCGGGAACUGGGUCUGCACUGCUCUUAUAUGUGAUGGUUUAAAUCAGUUACAUGAGCUUGAGAAAAUGGAGGGAAAUGAUCAGGAGAUGACAGAGGAGGAGUGGACUCGGCGAGUGGCCGAACUCAAUAAACAUCAGGAAACUAUGGAGAAGAUGAAAGUGGCCACUAAAGAGAUCAAGAGAAAGGAGGGAUGAACUUUUGCUCAGAUUUCAGCUUUCAGUCAGUCAUGAAAGCUUAAUUUGUUUAUUAUAAUAAUUAUUGACGUAUUCAGAGGUGUGUUCUCUUCUGUUAUUUGACAUAAUCUUUUUUUUUUUUUUAAUGUGCUAAUAGAAGAGUCUGUGUGAUUUGUACCUGUAGUGUAAAUUACCACAAACAUUUUUGUAAUAGUACUUUUUAUAGAUUCAGUGUCAUUUUAAAGCUUCAAUAAGGCAGGGUAUUCAUUUUUCACCUUAAAGUUAACAGAAAAUAUGAAAUUAUAUUUUGUAUAGCAACACUAUUUUUACAUAGCGAAAUAAUUCUAAUUUUGAUUAUUGUAAUAUGACAUCUCAUGUACAGUGUUGAAUUUACAUUGCCUUUCGCAGUGGGAAAGUGGGGUUUGGGUAAUGUCAAUAGGAAUCAAUAUUACUUUGUGAUGACUUUGCAUUAAUAAAUUCAGAACAUACAAA